UGUCACUAUACAAUCAUGACCACCAUGCACCCCUCCUAUAUAGAGGCUUCAGAUGUACAUGGGAAAGGAUCCCUGAAGAGAAUGCAGGACAUACUCGAGAGUCACAUUGAGUCGUCAAAGAGCACCAUGUUCCACGAUGCUAAGGGGAAGAUGCUGAAGCUCCUAACCAAGCUCAGGGAACACAUUGUGCAGGAGCUAAGGUCUAAACUAAAGGAAGCUGUGAAGCAGUCACUCCACAAUGAGCUACCUCUCCCAGAUAUAUCUGAGCACUAUGAGAUAGUGAAGAGCGCCCAUGAAGAAAUGAUGAGUAAACCUAUCACAGAUGUUGAAGAUGAGAAAUGUGUUCCAGAACACAGCUCGGGGAAGGAAACGACAUCUGAGCAGGUUCCACUUGGAAACAACAGGAAUAAUGAGAAGAAAAAGAAGAAAAAGAGAAGUGUGAAGGAUGUUCAUGCAGAUGCUGCGUUUGUGGAUAAGCACAUGAGUGCACUAAUCAAGAGGGUCACAAUGGUAAUGGCUAUAGCAGAUGACCUACUGGGAGAGGACAUGAUCCAAGAUGAAAUGUAUUCGAUUAUUGAUGUAGCCGAGACCAGUGAGAAAAAAAUGAGAGUUAUGUACAAGGCUCUACGCUCAGGAGGACCACUGAUUAAAUCAGCCUUCUACACAGCUCUCCAAACUAAUGAACCUAAUCUUGUCAAGGACUUGGCUUCCCCCUGAAGACAGACCUGGCUUGGGUUGGUCCUCAAGUGCUGGACAAAGGGCAGCAGGCAGUCUCACCGGCUGUGGAACUGCAGCGGAGUUACUGCAUUGUCGGAACUAGAAGCACAAGCAUUUCGCUACACUCGCAUUAACAUCUGCUAACCAUGUGUAUGUGACAAAUAAAAUUUGAUUUGAUUUAUUCUCCUAAUUCCUCUAUGGGUGUUGGGGGACAUAACCAACUAGCUCUAUAAUCCUCUUUUGUUGUUGUGGCUUUAUGCUAACUGAAAUAUGUGCUCUUGCAAUCUGCUAUAGCCUAAUACUUUGUUUUCAUCAGAAUGUUUUGUGUGUUUUGUUUUUAUCAAACCCAUCUUUAGUGUUCUUACUGUAUGUGUGAGGGGAAAGGGACAACCCAAAACUGGUUAAAUAUGAUGUUAGUUAAAAAAACGUGUGCAUGCAUAAAUACUUGAGGACAACAGAGGGACAAACAGGUUGAGUAGCAUAUAUGCUUGUUAAUUGAUUUAUGCAUUAUUUUAAAUAUUUGGUAUAUAAUACAAUCAUGAAAAGUUUGUCACAAUGUAUUUGACCAGAGGACAAUACCAGUGGAAACAGUGCCAUGAAGUAAUGUGCAACCCAAGAUAAAAUGUUGACCAUGUAUGUAACGUUUUGUUUUAGAUGUGAACUUGAUUAUACCAAUGAAUUGUGUUUAUCUCUGUUGUAGCUUAUCUUCUGAUUGUAUUAUGGUACCUGGUGUAUUUCAUCAUUUAUUCUGUUUGUUCAAAGUAAUCUCUAAAUCAUCAUUAUAUCUUCAACUAAUUUUACAUUUUAUGUUUCUGAGUUGAAUGUCUAAUUGUUUAAUUUUUUCCUCAAUAAAAGUACAUGUUAAAAGUC